CAGUUACCUUUGGAUCAGUUCCGAUAAGGUGAAAGACCAACCAAGACAGAAAUUAUCAGCGAAGAAAAUAUAGCUUCGAAAUGAAUACGUUUGGGUUAAUCGUUAUGGUAUGUCUCGUUUACGUCACUUCCGCCGCGGAUUCUUCACAAUGUCUAUCACAGUACUACACCUGUCUGUCAGCGUUUGGGAUUAAUGCUACUGAUUUGAAUCCUAUUCCACCGGCACAAGAGUUGUAUUCAGAGCACGUUAUGAAUCGAUUAUGUCCUCAAAUCGGACGGUUUGUUGGCUGUUAUGAUACCGUGAUGAAAUGUAUCCAGGGAGACUACAGCAGCCCAAGCGUUUUGAGCAAUGCAGAUCUGACUCAUUUGAUGGAAACUACCUGUAUGCAUAAGUCAGCUUUGAUAAGUGGUUAUAGCUGUCUAAAUCGAAUCGACUUCGCACAGAUACAAACUGGAUGUGUCAACCAGACACAAGCUAUGGUAACAAAUCUGAUUAUCGCAGGUGUAUCGAUAGAAGAUGUAUUGUGCAGGUCGGCUAAAAUGUCUGCCACCUGCCUGUUCAGCUCGCCUGCCCUGCGGUCUUGUGGAAAUGAUUUUAUAACAGCGAUGAGGUUGAUCAGCGAUGAAUCGUCAAAAGUCCUUUGUGACAAAGUCACAACAACAGUCUCCCCUGCGUCAGUCACUCAAGACCCAGACGGUAUCCUCGGUUAAACAACAUCGGUUGAACAACCGACCGUUUCUUCCGGUUGUGUAUGUGUCAAUUAAUGAAUGAAGCUAUUAAAACUGAGAAGUAACGUACGUUUCUCUGUGGGACAAUAAA